AUGACACUUAGUCAAAUAUCUUGCUUAAACUUGAUCCAGGAGGCUAAAAUAGAGCUAGACUUUCUUGAUUUAGUAGAUGAUUUUCCAAGUUUGUAUGCUGGUCCUGUCCUCAAAAAUGCUAUUAGGAGAUAUGAAAUGUUCUGGCUCCCACUGGCAGCUAGAGAGGGUAGCGCCAGUAGACUCCUUGCAGCUCCAUUAGACAUUGCUUGGGUGUGGUAUCUUCACAUGUUGUCACCACGAGAUUAUGAACAGGACUGCAUGAACAUUGUCUCUCAAGCUGUUGACCACUUGCCUAUGGACAGAUACCAGAGAGGAACAGGUCUUCAAAACGCACGAUACUUGUGGGAGAAAACCUAUCCUACAGAACAGUUUGAAGUCGACUUGAACUAUCCUACUUCGUUUACUCAGCCACACCGAUUGAAAAUUCGUUAUGACAUCGAGAGAGCGUCCUAUUGCCAGUCCAAGUUCUAUUAUCAAGUAUCACUCUCGCACUUCACUGAUAAUAAAUUUUUGGCAAGUGCUGUUGAGCGAUACGAACACCAUUUGUAUAACAAAAGUCAGCAUCCCCAAGCUCCGAGGAUUCCGUGUACCGAUAUCGACUUGAUUUGGCACGCACACCUACAUCAUCCACUGAACUACAAGCAAGUGACGUCAGAAAUUUUUGGGGCAGUUGUGAUCCCUGGAAGCCAAGAGUCAAAUCGUAACAAGGGAAUCAUUUCGUACGGCACUGAGACUGGCACUAGGACAAUAUGGUGUUUCAAGUAUCACAAACCAGGAACCGUGCACAGAGGUGAACCUCCUCAUCCCAGACCUCCAGGGCUGCCGUAUGUCAUGAAAAUUUUGCAGGCAGAGGUUGUAAAUGUGGACGCCAAGAAGACCUUUACUGUCCGUAUUUAUGAUCCUACGGGCGGGCUUAUUGUGGAAACAACGAUUCAAGGUGGACACUGUCGCAAUAUAAUAUCUCAGUGCAUCGUUGACAAUGAAAACCUCCACAAUAUAACGGUAUCAUUACACCAAAAGACAAAAAAUGGUCUUGAAAGUGCCAUUGGCUCAUCUAAAACGAGCCUGAUCUCCUUUAUUGACCCAUUUCCAUGCGGCGGAACAAUAUCUGAACUGCCGUGGGUGAUCGAUAUCCCUGUGAAGUCUGCAAAAGCUAUCGUCAGACUGACAGCUCAGUUGAAUUUCCAUCAUCAUUGUCUUAAAGUUCAGCCAGAAAUUAACUCCGCGGAGGUCAACCAUGCGUCUGUGGUACUCAGUUUUCCACAGACGAUGUUCUCACCUAGACAUCUUGCAAAGAAUGAACUGCCUUGCGAAUCUGUUAUGCAAACUUUGCUAGACUGCAGAGGGUAUGAAGUAUUCAAGUGCCGCGUUGUUCGCAGUUCUACAGGUUUGCUAUCGGCAGUGGAGAUCAUCAGUCUUGACGGUAUUGUUGUUGCAUCUUCUCACACAAUAGAUCUCGACACUCUUCCCGAUAAAGAAGCGAUUGAAGAUCACACAAGAUGUGCUUAUUGGAACCACGCGAAGGGUGGAAGGGCCAUGCUUGUCAGAGGUAGAAAGGAUUGGGGUAUUUGUAUUGGAAAAUGGCAAAGAGGAAAGAUGUUCAAUCGAUCCGCUGGUCAAGUGAAAAUCAGGCUUUUUAAGAUUCACGGUGCAAGUAGGUGGUGUGAAGUACGCAAUGAUAAGGGUGGACUGUACCUAAUUUGUCUUGACUCGGGUACGUCAUUGCAUGUUGAUUUGUAUAGAGGAGUGUUUUCCAUUACCCCAUCGGCUCGGGAUAUUCCAGAAAUCGUUGCCUUAGCGCUUUCUGUGUCUGCAGUCAAUGUCCUUUGCAAACCAUAUAUAUCAACGCCCUGCAAGAAAUCUGUGCCAUCCUCUAAGCAGAGAGCUACAAGCGACAAAGGAUUCAACACAACCGGAAUUCUCAAAAGUACUAAAAGUGGUGGUGGCGGUCGCCUUAGAGCUAUUGGUGAUCUGGAAAAUUUUGUUGUGUUUGAUGGCUUUAUUGGCGAUGGAGGUGGAGGUGGGUGCAGUAGUGGUGGUAGAGGAGGUCGGAUUGGGGGAGGUGAUGAUGGUGGUUGUGGUGGUUUAGGUGGUUAUGGCGGUGGUGGUGGAGGUGGAGGUGGUUGCGAUGUUGGUGGAGGAGGAGGGGGUUGUGGAGGUGAUGGUGGUGGUGGUGGAGGAGGAGGAGGUGGUGGUGGUGGAUGCCAUGGCGGUGGUGGAGGAGGUGGAGGUGGAUGCGAUGGUGGGGGUGGA